GAAUACGACGGAGAAAUGGAUUACAAGCGGCUAUUCUUCUUGUUCAGUUUGGCUCUGACUCUGCUCUUGUGCAAUCUUGUGGAAGCCUCGGAACAGGAAUCGGAAGUUAAGGCGGUAGUUGAGGCUGAAGCCGAUGCUCCUCAGCUUUUGGAGGCGGGAGAAACAGCCCAAAAUGAGUCUGGAGAGGAGAAUGUGAGAAAAGUGCGUCAGUUCUAUGCGCCACCACCCUUUGGCCCGCCGCCCCCACCCUUCUUUGGCCCACCGCCACCACCUUACUACGGCGGCGGCUUCUAUGGUGGCGGUGGCUUCGGCAGAACCCGUGUCAUCACCCGCACCCGCUAUCGUGGACGUGGAGGUUACUAUGGCGGCGGCUUCUAUGGUUAA